AUGGGUUUUCAUCAUUUAUCAGAGUCCAGUCCGAAAAAUGAUAAGAAUGAUACAUUAAUAAACACGGACACACCACCGGUUCCGCCGUUUGUAAAUUUUUACAGAGAAAUUAAAAAUGCAAACGUGAGUCAUACUCAUAACGGACAAAACGACGUAAACAAGUCGAGUGCGCGUUCAAUAACACGAACGUCAAAUCAGGUGAUCGGCACAGCAGGCGGAGUGACUAAUGGUGCGGACCUCGAUCAGGGCGCGGACGACAGCCAGAGCAUUGCGCAUACAAUGCCCCCUACGUCGCCGACUACAGGUAAUAGUGCGCGUUCAAGAUCGCCGAUAUCCCAAACAGUUACCAUCGCUGCGCACGCAGGACAGCGUAUGUGUCAACAAGAAUCUAAAGCUACUAAUAAUACUUUAGCACAAGUAGUGAUGGCACCUGGAGAAUGGAAAAGUGAAAGCCCGUCGGAAGAAUGGAAAAUAGCCCAAAGAAAAAGGUUAAGAAAUAGAAUAAUUGGAAAAAAAGGUGUUGCUGCUACAGAACCAGAAGGCAAAUUCAGGGCGGCUGACAUAAAAAUACCGCUCUUUAUUUACAAUGUCGACAAGUCUACGACUGACAACGACAUCAUCGCACAUGUGUACAAUAAGUCUCAAAUGAAUAUUUCGCUGCAGAAACUGGCAUUAAAACACGAUAGGGGAUACAAUGCAUACAAAGUAUUUGUGCCAAAAUCUAAACUAGACUUAUUCCUAAAUGAAAACUUUUGGCCAGAGGGAGUACUGUUUAGGCGUUUUGUGGACUUCACAAAACCCAAAAUGAAAAAUAUGGCAAACCAAAACAACCAG